GGCUAGUAAUGUUUGUUUUGUUUGUUUUUCGCGGGUUUUAAAAAGUUAAUAAAACAGCUAAUUGUGUAAUUUUUAAAAUACAAUCAGUACGUGAAGAUAAUACGUUUUAAGUUCUGUGUUUUUAUAUGAUUCUUUAGUAAGAAAAACAUUAUGUGUCCUUGAUAUAUGCAGUGAAAGGAAAAGGUUGUGACCAGUACUGUAUGGAAUUAGAGAUAAGUGGUACGUGUGGUAGAGCUCUUGCAUCAUGGAUAAAAUAUAUUUUACAGUCAACGGUGAACAUUAUAGCCUGUCGGGAUCAGAAGUGAGCCCGGAGACUUCGUUAAACGAUUACCUGCGUAACACCCUUCAGCUACAUGGCACUAAGGCCAUGUGCCAUGAAGGCGGCUGCGGCGCAUGCGUCGUUUGUGUCACGCUCACACACCCUGUCACUAAGGAGAAAACUAUGCUUUCUGUCAACUCUUGCCUAGUCCACAUCCUGUCUUGCCACCAAUGGGACAUAACUACCAUAGAAGGGGUGGGCAACCGCAAAGAUGGCUACCAUGCCCUGCAGAAACGGCUGGCUGCUUUCAACGGGACUCAGUGUGGGUACUGUACCCCGGGGUGGAUCAUGAAUAUGUACAGCCUGUACGAGGGUUCGAAGAAGAAGUUGACGAUGGAUGAGAUAGAGAGGUCUUUUGGGGGCAACAUGUGUCGCUGCACCGGCUACCGGCCCAUCCUGGACGCCUUCAAAUCCUUCGCUGAAGACGCUGAUCAGAGCCUGAAGGAUAAAUUACCGGACAUAGAAGACCUCUUGCCGGUAACGUGUGGGAAAGUAGAAUGCCCGCGCAAAUGCAGCCUGGUUGGCGAGGAGUGGUGUGUCGUAGACAAACAGCCCGGCGAAAUGUUGGAGUUGGACCUCCGCGGCAGUCGCUGGUACAAGGCGUUCAGUGUCCAGGAUGUUUUUAAAGUUUUGGCGAAAGAAGGAAUUGAUAGCUACACUCUCAUGGCUGGGAACACUUUUUCAGGAGUGUACCCAGAAUCAAUGCAACCACGAAUAUACAUCGAUAUCUCCUCAAUCGAGGCGUUGAAAGAGUCUAUACAUGAUGCGAACUUAGUCCUUGGAGCCGGCAUGACUCUAACGGAUAUGAUGCUUACAUUCCGCAAAUGGGCUGACUCGAAUGAAGACUUCAGAUAUUUGAAUGAGUUCUACAAACAUGUAGAUUUGGUUGCACAUGUGCCUGUUAGAAAUGUUGGCACCAUCGGUGGUAACUUGGCAAUCAAGAACAUUCAUCCGGACUUCCCUUCAGAUAUCUUCUUACUUCUGGAGACUGUCCAGGCGACAGUCACUAUUGUAAAUAAUUCAAUGGAAAAGAAGGAAGUCGGCAUGCAGAACUUCUUAAAAGAGGACCUGAAGAAUAAGCUAAUACUGGAUGUCAAGUUACCUCCUCUUGCGUCGAACUGCCUCGUUCGGACUUUCAAGAUAAUGCCACGUAGUCAAAACGCACACGCAAUUGUAAACGCUGGAUUUAUGUUCAAAAUAGAUUCUGCCAACAAAGUGGUCGAGGCAAACAUCGUUUUUGGAGCCAUCAGCCCUACUUUUAUUAGAGCGAGACAAACCGAGGAUGUUUUAAAAGGUCAAAAUCUAUACAGUGAGGGUACAUUGCAGACAACAUUGACUAAACUGAAGAAUGAGUUGAUUCCCGUAGACGUUCCUCCUGAACCGUCCCCAGCAUGCAGGAAGACCUUAGCCGUAGGUCUGCUUUACAAGGCUAUCCUAUCAUUCUGUACGUCAGUAAAUCCACGGUACAAAUCGGGAGGAACAUUGCUAGAACGCGGCGUGUCCCAUGGUACGCAAACCUUCGAUACUGACAAAAAACUGUGGCCACUCAACCAGCCCAUACCUAAACUAGAGGCGUUGACUCAGUGCUCCGGCGAAGUGAAGUACGUAUGUGACGUCACAGGGACCCCUCGUGGAGCACAUGUCGCGUUCGUGCUAUCCACUAUAUGCGUCGGCGAGAUAGACAGGUUCGAUGCCAGUGAAGCUUUGAAACUCCCAGGAGUUUUAGCGUUCUACACAGCUAAAGAUAUUCCUGGCAAGAACACGUUCACACCAAGCGCCAUACCCUGGCAAGAGUUUGAGGAAGAGAUCUUUGCUUCGAAGCAGAUCUCUUACUACGGCCAACCUCUUGGAAUAGUCGCCGCGAUCACACACAAGCUAGCCCUUAAAGCCGCUGAUUUGGUCAAGGUCUUCUAUAAGAAGUCUGAAGCGAAACCAGUUCUGAACAUUAAAGACGCUUUGGCUGCUCCGGAUAAGGAUAGAAGGGUCCGCAACGAAAAAUCUAUAACACCUACCAGCAAAGGCCAGGACAUCCAACACGUUAUUAAAGGCACUUUCGCAAUGGGCUCGCAAUACCACUACACUAUGGAGACGCAGUGUUGUUCCGUGAGCAAUACUGACCAGGGUGUCAGCGUGCGCGCAUCCACGCAGUGGAUGGACUUGGUGCACGUGGCCGUUGCUCAGAUGCUGGCUUUACCCGAGAAUAAGGUAGAGGUGGUAGUCCCGCGGGUAGGCGGCGCGUACGGCGGCAAGGCGUCGCGGUCCGGGCUGGUGGCCUGCGCCUGCGCACUCGCCGCCUACAAGCUGAACCGCGACGCCACACUCGUCAUGCCGCUCACCGACAACAUGGCUUCCAUAGGAAAACGACAAUCCUGCUAUGCCGAGUACGAGGUUGGCGUAGACAACGAAGGAUUAAUCCAGUACCUAAACCUGUCGUACUACUCCGACUGCGGGUUCUCCUUCAACGACACGUCCGCAGCAGAAGUGGCGGGAACCCUUACCAAUCUAUACGCCAGUGAAAGAUGGUCCAUCAGUGGCUACAGUGUGCUCACUGACACAGCUUCCAAUACCUGGUGUCGCGCGCCUGGAACAACAGAGGCGACGGCGAUAGUGGAACACCUCAUGGAACGAAUAGCGUUUACCACGAACAAAGACCCCGUCGACGUACGAAUCGCCAACCUCGACGCAAAACACACCACGAUCAAAGACAUCAUAACCUCUUUCGAACGCGACUGUCACUUCGACGAACGGAGAUCCGAAAUCAGUAGAUACAACAACGGUAACGCUUGGAAGAAGAGAGCUUUAACGCUUUCUCUCAUGUCUUAUCCUAUAGGAUACUCCGGAAACUUUCCCGUGACAAUAUCAGUGUACCACGCUGAUGGGACGGUCGCCAUAUCUCACGGAGGAAUAGAGAUGGGCCAAGGAAUCAAUACGAAAGUGGCUCAGGUUUGCGCGUACACUUUGAAGAUACCCUUGGAUAAAGUGUUGGUGAAAGGCAGCGAUAACUUCGUGUCUCCCAACGCGAUGGCCAGUAACGGUAGCAUCACCAGCGAGUCCGUAGCCUACGCCACAGUAAGAGCCUGUAAGGCGUUACUCAUGAGAUUGGAGCCAGCGAGAAAGGAGCUAAAUGAACCGACUUGGGAAGAAGUGGUCAAACAGGCGUAUGAGAAAGGUAUCAACCUUCAGUCCAGCUACAUGAUGUCCACAAACGACCCGAUAGAGGGAUACAGCGUGUACGGGUGCUGCGCCACCGAGGUGGAGCUGGACGUGCUCUCCGGAGCACACGUGGUGCGCCGCGUUGAUCUGCUGGAGGACACUGCUGUUAGCCUCAGCCCGCAGGUCGACGUUGGACAGAUCGAAGGCUCGUACAUGAUGGGUCUGGGUCUCUGGACGUCGGAGCAGCUGGUGUUCGACCGUAACACGGGCAGGCUGCUCACAGACCGGACCUGGACGUACAAGCCGUGCGGAGCCCGGGACGUGCCGCUGGACUUCCGAGUGAGCUUCCGAAGGAAUUCCAUCAAUCGCGCCGGAGUCCUCCGGUCGAAAGCGACCGGUGAGCCAGCGCUGGUGCUGGCAGUGGGCGUGACGCAUGCGCUCCACAACGCCAUAAUGGACGCGCGCAAGGAGUUUGGAUAUAAUGACAUUGAGUGGAUUCAUGUUGAGACUCCGUACAACAUAGAGAACAUUCUGAAAGCGAUAUCGCCGAACACAGAAAGUUAUAAAAUUAAAUAAAGCAUUUUUUCUCUAUGAGAUAUACUUCAGAUUUAAGAUAAUGGUGCUGAUUCCUGUAGACACCAUCUAAUUUUAUGUUGUUAAUCAUCCGUCCCUUUCAUUUUCGGCAGAUAAGAAAAUGACGGGUAUAACUUAAUAUAAAAUUAGGCGUCUGCAGGAAUCAGGGCCAUUACCUAUAUAAUGUUAUAAUAUUCUCAAGCGUUAAAUAUAAGUAUUUUUGUA